GACAAGCAGCACAGGACAGCAAGCAGGUGGCCGGGCAGAAGACUUUGCAGAGGCAUCUGUCUAGAUCCUUCCCACCUGACAAGAAGAAAAUGGAAUUCCUUUGCCCUGGAAAAGAAAACCCGCAUGGUCCACUCAAGUUCGAUUCCUGGUCAAGUGAUACAAUAGAGUUGAUGGCGGAUGCCCUCAUGGAUGACAUUGAGACUCUGAUGACAUCAAUGAACACAUUGAAAAAAAUAGACCUGCUUGGUCAACUCAAGUUCGAUUCCUGGUUAAGUUAUAAAACAGACUUGUGGAGUGCUCUGAUGCGUGAAAGAGAGACUACGAAGAAACAAUACCUGCCUGAUUAUUCAAAGGAUAAAUCAAUGCUAGUAGAUUUGAAGAAGUUUAAAGAACUAGACGCUUAUGCAUCAAAGGUUGAUGUCAAGGACAAUGUGAAAGAUCUUGUGAGUGCCUUGCUCCAAAAAGCCCACAGUGAUCUGGAGAAAGUCCGAGCCAUUUGGAUAUGGAUUACUCAUCAUAUAGCAUAUGAUACAGACUAUUACUGUAACAAUGCCAAGACAUCUUGUGAGCCAGCAGAUAUCCUUCGCUCAGGAAAGACCAUUUGCGCUGGGUAUGCUAACCUCUUUAAAGAAAUGUGCAGCAUUGCAGGAAUACAGUGCCAGAAGUUGGCAGGUAUCUCCAAUGGGAAAGGGCCAAAAAAAGGCUUAAAGAAAAAAAAGAGACACGCUUGGAAUACUGUUUACCUUGAUGGAAAGUGGCACCUUGUGGACUGCACCUGGGGGAGUGGCUUUGUGAAGGACCACAAAUUCACUUUCAAAUAUGGAAGUUUGGAAAACAUCAUAUAUGAAUUUGGAAUCUGUUCUAAGAAGUGCAGAUAUGAGUGGUCCUCUCUCAUUGCUGAUCCAGUAUCCAAAAAUCAGUGUGAUGCUUCUCAUUAAGGGAAGUCGAAACAAUAAUUCAUUUCAAUGUACAGUAUAUCAUAGUUUCCUUGAAUUAAACAGCUUCUUAUUUGUCAAAUAUUGCAGUAAAGAUAUUGUACUAACAUCAUUUUAGGUUGAGCUAGGUAACAUCUCAAACUGCUGAUAAUUUUGCCUAAUGUAAUAUCAAAUGCAACUACUGCAAAUUAAAUGCUAAUAUAGUUUAUUUUAUUCUGUAUUAAUGUAAUCAACUUUAAUUUACUUUCUCUGUUACUAUUUUGGUACACAGAGAUACUUUCUGCUUACAGUUACUUUUUAAAUAUAAGCACCAUACAAUUCAAAUGUUAUUUCUGCAUCCUUUUGUACUUGUAUAGGAGUCUUGUGGUACUACUCAUGACUUGGAUUCAAUCCCAGAUAGCAGGUUCAAGGUUCACUCAGUCUUCCAGCCUUCUGAGGUUGGUAAAUUGAGUACUGUACUUGGCUUACUUGGGGGUGGGCAAGCAAUGUGUAGCUUGCAUAAUUAAAAUUGUAAAAUGGUGUCAUAUUGUUGGCAAUGUGUAAUUUAGAGAUUAAUUUAGCAAGGAAGAGGCAACAUGUAAUCUAGAAAUUAAGUUAGUGAGGAAAUUGCCUCUUACAUUUUGGUCUUGCUUAUCUACACCUUGGAAUGUAUGAAUAAUAAGAUAAAUCCUGAGGUAGCAGAAACUAUUGGUUUUAAGUCAAAACUGGUUUUAAAAGUAAGUGAGGAGCUGUGUCUAACUGAUGUACACUUAAGAAGUGCCUCUCCCCUUGAUCGGGAAGAGACGUAUAACAUUUAAACAAUAGCCCUAUGUAUUCUCCUAUUCUGCAGAAUAAAACUGUUCCACUUGGUCUUUGA